AUGAACACUGUCGUCGACGGCGCACUGACCAUCGACCGCAUGAUGAGGUCGAAGGAGCGCGACCGGGAACCGACCGUAUCCGGAUUCACGCCCGAUGAGCUGUACGAACGGUACAACGUGAUCACAGAGGGCCGGGAGCUGUUCGGAUCGAAUCUGAUUCCGCUGGCGUACGACCCCGUGUGGGCGAUGGCGCUCGGUCUGAAUAACUCGUCGAAAUUUCUCAGGAAGCGAGGUUUAGGCAGGCUCGAGGAUUUCUCCUACACGGACGCUCAGAUGACAGAAGCUAUGAUGGAGGGGUUGAAGAACGUGAGCUUCAUCGGGCUGAAGGGCUACAUGGAGUUCGACGAAGACCAGGACGGAGUCGACGACAUACUGAUCAAGCAAAUUAGAG